AUGAAACGAUACAAUGAAAAAACAAUUAACGCAAGAAUUCAGAGAGAGCAGAAAAAUGAAUAUGCUCGUGAAAGAAUAAGAAACGACUUAAAGUUAGAUAACUAUAGCAAGAUUCAAGGUAUAUCUAUUGAUAAGGCUGAGACAGCUCAAUCAAAAAAAAACUUAGAAGAAAAUGAUUCCAUUAAAAGAGAACAUGAAACAACAAACGAGUUUGAUAAUACAAGAAUUAAUGAGGAUAAAAGUAAAAAAGAAGAAUAUGCAUCAUUAAACGAAUUUGACCAUACAACAAUAAAGGAAGAAAGAGUUAAAAAUUGUCAAUUAUUGAAUGAAAAACAAAAGGAAGAAAAAGAAGCAGCUGAUCAAGUACUUCGAGAAAAAGCUUUACAACAUGCGUUACAAAAUGAUGAAAGCUACAAAAAAUUAAAAGAAAAAUUAGACGAAAUGGCUACAUUGAAUGUACGAGAAAAUCAAAUAAAAGAAGCAAAAAAAUUAAAAGAAAAAGAGGUAACAGAAGAAGAGAAACGAAUUGAAGAACAAAUGGGAAAUAUUUUAAUUAACGAAGAAAAAAAAGACGAAAUGAAAAAAAAAUUAAAUUAUGAAAAGGUUAUGGAAACUAAAAAAGAACUGCAACAUCAAAUUAAAGAAAAUUUAAAAAAAAAAAAAGAGAAAUUUUAUGGAAAUUUAGAAGAAAGAAAUGAUAUUGAUAAUAUUGUGAACAACUACAAAGAAGAAAAAAAAAAAAAAAAAGAUGAAGGUUUACUAAAACAAAAAAAAUUAUUAAAAGAAUUUCAAGAACAAAUAGAUUUAAAAAACAAAAAAAAAGAAAUUGAAAAAAAAAAAGAAUUAGAAGAAGAAUUAAAAAAUCAACAAUAUAUCAAAGAAAAAGAAAACAAAAUGAAAACAUAUUUCAAAAAAAAGGAAGAAAAAAAUCUAGAAAAACAAAAAGUUGUUAAUGAUUUAGCAUAUAAAGAAUAUCUUGUUAAUAAAGAAAAAGAGACCUUAGAUGAAUUGCUUAAUAAAUUAUACAUUGAAGAACAUAAUUUCAAAGAAAAACAAAAAGAAAUAAAAGAAAAUGAAAAAAAAUUACAGCUUAAAAAUGAAAUGCUAAAACAGCUCGAAAAGGAUAUUAAAUUAAAGGAAGAAAAAAGACAAAAGGAGAAAGAAGAGGAUGAAAAAAGAAAAAUUGAACUUUUAGAGGAAAAAAAAAAAUUAGAUAAAAUUGACCAAUACACAGAUCAAAAAAAAAAAGAAAAGCUAUUACAAUAUAGAAAAGAAAUAUAUGAAACGUUCCAAGAAAAAAAAGAAGCAAUAAAAAAAGAAAGAUUACAAGAAGAACAAGAAAAAGAAAAACUCUUGGAAGAACAGAAAAAAUAUGAACAGUUAAUAAAUCAAGAGAAAAUGAAACUCAUAGAUAAAUACAGUAAGGAUAUUCUGAAAAAUCUCCCAGAUGAUGUAUACGAAAAACUUAAGAAGCAAAAUAUUAUUACGUAG